AUGUCUACUCCAGCCUUUGGAGCCGUGGUGCGGUUUGAGAGCGCCUCACCGAUUGCUAACCCUGCGGCCGUGGUGCGAAAAGAUCAGCAGGGUAUCGCUCGCACUCCCUCCGAAUAUGAGCUAGAUCAUAUGCGCGAACGUCGCCAGUCUCCUGCAUCUGGGCCAAGCACCGGAGUUCAUAUGCCUAUCACACCCGUCACCCCCAGCGAGUUGGAGAGCCUUCCGGGCUCACCUGCAGAAGACGGUGCCAUCGAUGCUAUCGAUGCUAUCGAUCCACUGCCGAAUCCCACCUCAUCUGCGACAACAAGAUGGCGACUAUUGAGUGCUUGUAUGAUGAAUGUGGCCAAUGGCUUGAAUGACAGCGGCCCGGGUGCUCUGAUUCCGUACAUUGAGAAAGACUACAAUAUCGGUUACGCAGUCGUCUCUCUGAUUUUUGUGACUAAUGCGCUGGGGUUCAUUCUUGCUGCGCCAGUCACACAAUUCUUUGAGGCAAAACUCGGGCGCUCGAAAUCUUACGCCUUAUCAAUGAGUUUGUUGGUUGCGGGAUAUGUGAUCAUUCUCUUCAAACCGCCAUUUCCAGCCAUUGUGGCCAGUUUCUUUCUGCUGGGAUUCGGAAUCGCGCUGAAUUUGGCCUUGAACAACGUUUUCUGUGCGAACCUAGCGAACAGUACGACUUCUCUCGGCGCCAUGCACGGUAGCUACGGCAUUGGGGGGAUUAUGGGACCGCUAAUAGCGACGGCCAUGGUAUCCGACGGUGUCCAGUGGUCCGUCUACUACUCCAUCAACCUCGCACUAGCAGUGUUCAACCUAGCGUUUGCAAUGUGGACCUUCCGCGGUUAUGAAAAAGAGCUGCCCACUCAACUUCUCACCGCGCUUCAGCAGACGGCUUCACAGCAGGAGCAUCGUCAUAAUGUGGCAAGCAAAAAGCAACUAUUGAAGCAAGCAGUCCAGAACAAAACGACGUUACUCGGGGCUCUUUUCAUCUUUGCAUAUCAGGGUGCAGAGGUUUCUAUCUCAGGCUGGGUUGUCUCGUUCCUGAUCAGCUAUCGUAAAGGAGAUCCCUCCCAUGUCGGCUAUGUCAGCGCCGGGUUUUGGGCGGGCAUUACCCUUGGACGCUUUGUGCUCUCGCAUCCGGCGCAUAUGGCUGGGGAAAAGCUUGCAGUCAUAUUGCUGGUUGUAGGAUCUGCUGCUUUCCAGCUUAUGACGUGGCUUAUUCCAAAUGUCAUCGGGGACGCCGUUUCUGUGGCUAUUGUGGGAUUGCUGCUGGGGCCCGUCUACCCCUGUGCUACAGCAGUCUUCAGCAAGUUGCUUCCCAGAAAUAUUCAGAUUUCUAGCUUGAGCUUUAUCAGCGCUAUGGGAAGUAGCGGUGGUGCCGUUGCGCCGUUCUUCACGGGCUUGCUGGCGCAGAGUGUGGGAACAUAUGUUCUUCACCCAAUCUGCAUUGGGUUAUAUGGUGUGAUGCUUGUGGGUUGGGCCUUAAUGCCUAAGGUCUCGAAGAGAUCCGAAUAA